AUGAGUUCAACAACAACCACCACGAGCAAUAAUCCAACAUCCUCAUCGUCGUCAAGAAAACCCCGAGAAAAUAUUCUUGAUUUAUCACAAUAUGUAUCUAAAUCUGUGCUUGUCAAGUUCAUUGGAGGAAGAGAAGUUUAUGGAAUAUUACGAGGCUAUGAUAAUAUGAUCAAUGUAGUAUUAGAAGAUUGUUAUGAGUUUAUUCGGGAUUCACAAGAUCAUCAUAAAAGAAAAUUAGAUGAAAACAACAAACAGUUUGUCCGAAAGCUAGGAAUUGUGAUAUGUCGAGGAACAUCAUUGAUGCAUCUAUGUCCUGUUGAUGGAACUGAAGAAAUUGAAAAUCCUUUCGAAGAAGAUGAAGAAUAA